UCGAGGAAGGAGGACCUAGAGCUGACAUUGACACAGCCAGCUAUUACUCAGCCUCUGAGCACACACCCCCACACACAUACACUCUCACACACACCUGUGGCUCCAGCAGAUUAUUUGGACCAGUACAGAGAAGGACCUCAGCCCGGGUACAGGCGGCAAUUAAAUACCCCCCCCUCAAACUCCCUGCUGGGAUCUCAGAGGUCAGUUGACUUUGACUUCAGAAAAAUGCAUCUUUGAGUGCAAAGGGAGAGAGCUGCGCCCGACCCAGAGAGAUAAAGAGAGGAUCAUCUGACAUCUUCUUCAGUUAACAGAUUAAGAAAGGAGAGUUCAAAGAGGGACUGGACAAAAGAGAAAGAAGAUGGAACAGUCUCCACAAAUUUGGCACACACAGGUCGGAGCCCAAGACACGACUGGAGGGCUGCAAAAGAAGGUGUCAGUCGUCAGUCAGCCGGAGUGCUCCAUCUGCUGCUACAAUUAUGACAAUGUCUUCAAAGCACCCAAACAGCUGGAGUGCACCCACACCUUCUGCCUGGAGUGUCUCUCCCGCCUCAUGGUAGUCUCGCAGGCCGGCGAUGACACCACCGGCAACAGAGGGCGCCUCUCCUGCCCCUUCUGCCGCCACCUCACCACACUUCCCGAGGAGGGACCCCCGGCCUUGGCCAACAGCGGCGAGGUCCUGGGCAAGCUUCCCGAACACCAGCAGCAGGUGGAGUCGGUAUAUCUGGAGGGGGAGAAGCUGUGCUACAACAGCUCAAGGCACAGUGCCGACUUGGGCGCCUCCGACAGCCCCACGGCCUUCUGCGUCUGCGUUGACAUUGGGGCCAGCAAGGCGGUGGCCGCUCCGACCCAGACGCGGCCACGGACUCAUGGCGCGCUGGGCCGGAUGGCGGACUGGAAGAGGAUGGUGCUCUUCAUCGUGCUCAUGGUGCUGCUUGUCGUCAUCGUGUUGUGGCCGCUGCAGUGCGUCUUCAGCACUGGAAACAUGCGCUGUAUGCGACAACGCGUCGACUCCGACCCCACUACCGUGACCACCACUGUUGCUUUCAACCCAUUCACCAGACCACCUCGUAUGACGGAGUGAACCUCUCCACUAACUGCACUUCACUGUAACUGCACAUAAUGUAUAAUAUGACGCUAAUAUUUUAAAUACUGGACACUAAACCGUCGCUGCGUAAUUUCAGCUUUGAUAAGUGCACUUGAUUAUUACUAGACACAUCUGUCCGCACCUCAGGUUUUCAACUUUCAGCAGAACUACAGAUGUUAAAUCCACAAUGUGUCUCUUUUUAGUGCCCCCUGGUGGCAGUUUAAGAAACACAAAGACAUGGUGGCAGAUCCCAUCAGAGGACGCAGAGAUGAAAGGGCUGAAAGCAGCACAGACUGCAUCAAUUUCCAGUGGACAUUUGUGUUAUACUGUCACAUACUACCAGGAUAACCUGAAUUGUUGUUAAUAUUUAAAUUAUAAUCACAUAAAAAUUCUGCACAUGGCGGCUUUAACGCUACAAAGCUGGAAUUUAUCCUUCUCCACAGUAUACAUCAGCAGUACACUACUAAACUACACUUAAAUAUCUGGUUGGCUGAAGAACAACAAAUAGUGAAUGAAUGUAAUCACAAUGUGUCAGCUGACAACUUUAUAUAUUGUACAGAUGAUUUGUGUGUGUUUUGAUAUGACUUUGUUUACAGAACUGUAAUAAAAAAUGUGAGGUAUUUACUCAGAUCAUGUUUCUGGGAAAUAACAAAACA